AUGCCAUCAACAAAUCCGCAAUCUCAUAAACUUAAUGAAUUCGGUUUCAUUGAUUAUCAACAACCACUAAAUAAGCAACAGGAUAUGAGAACAUCAACAUAUUUCGGAAAUAAAUAUAUGACCGAUACAAUGCUGGGCAAUACAAUUGAUUGUAAAUUUAAAGAAACUCCGUCAUAUAAGGAGGAUGUUACCCUGGCAAUGCAUAGGCAAAGUGAUUACAAAACAAACUAUACAUGGAAGUUUGGCGAUCCCAAUGAAGUUCGUAAUCCAACCAUAGCCAAGUUGGACGGUAUUAAACCCUUUUAUGAGUGUAAAAUGAAAUUUCUACAGCGUCCAAUGGUUCCGACUGCCAGUGUUUCACAUACGGAUUAUUUGUGGAAUACUGAACCAAUCAAAGAACCUCCCAUUUCCUUGCAUUUACCCACACCCGUGAUAGCCACGAAAAUUUCAAUAGAUCGUGCCAAACCAGGUUAUUCUAAGUAUUUAGAUACUGCAGCAACCACAUCUCGUUUAGAUUAUUGCCACAGAAGUCCGCAGGAUAUAAUGAGCGGUAUUGCCGCCAAAGAUAACAUAACCUUUUGGAAUUGGCAAGAAAUGGAAAAUCGUACAAAAAAGGUAUUCCCUGACAAAGAUCCACAGCAGUGUGAUAAAUUAAAAUCCAAUGAAUGUGUAAAACGACGUUGUGAAUUUCCUAGCCUCGUUAAAGCUGUACCAAAUACUGGCAUGACUACCGAAGUUCGUGAUAAUUAUAUAGAGCCGUAUAGAAACACAAUCGAAUAUGAUACAACUAAUAUACACAAUGAUAUCACGCACACAUUAAUAGAUCCAUUUGCCAACAAAUCGGAAUAUAAUAUUUUGGGAUCCGGUGAAUGUACACACAAAUAUGUUUAG